CAGCGCGGCGAGCUGAUUGGUUCUCCGGGGCUCCGGCCCGGCCAGUGGCUCUGUCGGGGGUGUGGCCCGACGCCCGCCUGGGUAAUUAAUUCAGUCUCCAGUUGUUGCUCGGAGACUUGUGUAAGUUUGCGGUGUUGCCCGUAUCCUGAGCCAUGGCGCUCGCCAUCUUCAUCCUUCAGCUGGUCGUCUACAUCGUGACCUUCCCCAUGUACUUCCUGCACUUUCUGGGCUUGUGGAGCUGGAUAUGCAAAAGAUGGUUUCCCUACUUCUUGUCGCGGUUCUCGGUGAUGUACAACACGCAGAUGGCCAGCCGGAAGCAGGAGCUGUUUGGCCACCUGCAGGAGUUUGCGGGGCCCUCGGGGAAGCUGUCCCUGCUGGAGCUGGGCUGCGGCACGGGAACCAACUUCAAGUUCUACCCGCCCGGGUGCAGGGUGACCUGUAUCGACCCCAACCCCAACUUCGAGCGGUUCUUGUUCAAGAGCCUUGCUGAGAACCGCCACCUGCAGUUCGAGCGCUUCGUGGUGGCGGCCGGGGAGGACAUGCGGGAGGUGGCCGACGGCUCGGUGGACGUGGUGGUCUGCACCCUGGUGCUGUGCUCCGUGCGCAACCCCGAGCAGAUUCUCCGAGAGGUGCACAGAGUGCUGCGGCCGGGAGGAGCCUUUUGUUUCAUGGAACAUGUGGCAGAUGAACGUUCUACUUGGAAUUACUUCUGGCAACAGGUCCUGGAUCCUGCCUGGUUCCUUCUGUUUGAUGGGUGCAAACUGACCAGAGAGAGCUGGAAGACCCUGGAGCGCGCCGGCUUCUCUAAGCUGAAACUGCAACAUGUCCAGGCCCCACUGUCCUGGGCACUGGUGCGGCCCCACAUCUAUGGCUAUGCCGUGAAAUAGAGUGUAUAAUGAAUGCGUGUGUGUGGAGGGGAGGGGACAGAUGGAGCUGGGUGGGCCAAAGAAUGUAAGGCUUCAUUCAGUUUUACAUUAAAAAUAUGAAUUGGGAGAAAGGGAAAUCUUGGUUUUUGGUAAAGAUGAAUUCAUCCUUAAAAUUUUCUGUCAUAUUUUAGCCUUUUUUUGUGCUAGUUUUAGGGCUUGAACUAAGGGCACUAUCCCUUAGGGUUUUUUUGUGUGUGUGUG